CCCGAUCCCGCCUCCACCAGACGUCUAGCCUCCAGACCCAGGGCUCCACGCCCCAGGACCCCCGGCUGAUGGGUGCCCACCUCAGCUCCAAGGCCGCCGCCGCGGCCGACGCCCCGGGAGCGGCGCUGCGCUUCCAGGAGGACGCGCGCGGCGCGCAGGUGCAGCUGGACGGGCGGGCGCGCACGGCGCAGCGGGGCGCCUCGUUCCACGACGGCCUCGUCUUCAGCCAGCGGCCCGUGUGGCCCGGCGAGCGCGUGGCGCUGCGCGUGCUGCGCCAGGAGGGCGGCUGGGGCGGCGGGCUCCGCGUGGGCUUCACGCGCCGGGACCCCGCGGGCCCGGCCGCGCCCGGCCCGCCGCCCUUCGUGCGCCCGGACCUGGAGGCGCAGAGCCCGACCUGGGCGUCGCUGCUGCCCGAGGGCUGCGUGCGCGCCGGGAGCGUGGUCUGCUUCUGGGUGAACCGCCGCGGCUGGCUCUACGCCAAGGUCAACGCGGGCCGCCCGCUGCUGCUGCGCCGGGACGUGCGCGUGGGCGCCCCGCUCUGGGCCGUGAUGGACGCGGACGGCGCCACCGAGGCCAUCGAGCUGCUGGAUCCCGCUGCGCCCUGGGUCUCCGGUGAGGAUGCCGGGUCUGAUCUCAAAGCCGCGCCCCGCGAGGAGUGUGUCAUCUGCUUCCACAACGCCGCCAGCACCCGCCUGCUCCCCUGCGGCCACGCCGACUUCUGCAGCGCCUGCGCCCAGCGGGUCUUCAGGGACUCCGCCCGGUGCCCCGUGUGCCGCUGGCAGAUCGACGAGGUGGCCCUGGUGGGGAGCCCGCGGCCCGGGGACGACGCCUGAGCGGAGGCGGCGGCGGGGCCAGCCUGCCCUCCUCGGGGGCGCCGACCAGCACCCCGAGGGCCGGGCCGCAGGCU